AGUGCAUGCUGCCGCAUUGCCAGACGAUGAAGAAGGUGCUGAGGCACAUGGCGAACUGCCAGGCCGGGAAGUCUUGCUGCGUCCCGCACUGCGCCUCGUCGCGGCAGAUCAUCUCGCACUGGAAGAACUGCCACGGCGCCGAUUGCUCCGUCUGUCCCCCGCUCGAGACGGCGGACGGGCGGCCCAGGAAGACCCAAGGGCCGCCGACCGCGCCCCGAGACCCCAACCCGGAAGAGUGGAAACGGGCGUGCGAAUCCCUCGGGAUGCCUCACCUAGCCGCGAUGGGCCGUCCCCUCCGAUCGGAGGGGACGCGAGGGACUGUUCCCCGGUCGCCAGCUUCGUCUUUUCAGUCGACCAGGGAGACGGACGCGGCCGGGUCGGAGGAGCGGCCGCCGGUCGCUGCUGCGUCCGGUCGGGACGCGAAGGAGUGGCAGAAAAGCGUCACGCCCGAAUGUAGGAACAACUUCAUCAACGACCUGGUGACCGAGACCUUCCCCGCGAACGACGCGACCGCGGCGUUCGACGAACGCGUGCAGGCCCUGGUCGCCUUCGCCCAGAAGGUGGAGAGAGACGUCUACGAGACGGCCAACUCCCGACCGGAAUAUUACCACCUGCUGGCAGAGCGAACAUACCAGAUCCAGAAGGACCUGGAGGAGGCACAGAAGAAUCAGGGAGGCAUGGGUCAAGGACUUGCCGACUCCCUGGAGCGACAGCUGGCCCGGCACCAAGGACUUUCCCGACUGGCUCAGCAGCCGAUCUCAGGCGGAACAGAUGAUGGGUGGCAUGACGCCGCCUUCGAUGAGGCCACCUUCCAUGAGCCCGCCUUCGAUGAGGCCACCUUCCAUGAGCCCGCCUUCGAUGAGGCCACCUUCCAUGAGCCCGCCUUCGAUGAGACCACCUUCGAUGAGCCCAACUUCGAUGACUCCACCUUCGGUGAGAGGAUCCUUUGUUGGAUGAAUGCGAUGGUCAUUUUGGAUGCAGGACUGAGGUUCAGCGGGAUGCCGCACGAGGCGUCCGGAGGAGUCCCACAACCUCAGGAGCGACAGUGGACAGGGGCCCCGGCGUCGAUCUCGCGGCCGCAGGGAUCGCUAACGCGGCCGGGUCUCCCGCGGCGGCAGUCGCAACGGCCGCGGGUGUUUGCGAGCGAUGCCGAUUUCGCGAAGGAAAUCGGUUCGACCGACUCGGCGGAGGGCACGGUGGUCCCAACCGCGCAAACGCCUUCGGCCGACACGGCUUUUGACUUUGGCAGCGUACCUGCCUGCAGUGGAGACGAAAUUGGAAUCAGCAGUUAUGCUGCCGCAUUCUUCUUCCCCACUUCUAUGUACAGGACAUCCACACCCAGCGACAGUUUUCGCCAACAGUGGCAGCAGCAGAAUGAGGUGCCACCUAGUUCCUCGCCUCACAUAUCAAUCGCAUCUAAAACGAGUGGGAUGAGAGGAAGCGUCAGCUCCAUGUCGGUGUCGGCAGGGAACGACAGAGAGGAACCCAAACACGAACUGAUUUCUAGCAACAGGAAGGAAGAAGGAGGGAUCCGGGUGAAUGUGGAGCCUGUGGACGUGAAGAAGGAGACAUCAGAGGGCGUGAAAGGGCUACCUUCUCCCAGUGCAGUGAAGAUAGGGGGGAUUUCGGAUGUGGAGGUCCCUGCCUCCUGUUCUUCAACCACGUCCUCCGUUCCUCCCGAUUCUUCAUCAUCCGAUGCAAAGCCUCCAACCUCAUCUAAACCCAACAAGAUAUCAUUCAACCCAGAGGAACUCCGCCAGGCGUUGAUGCCCUCUCUGGUAAAGUUGUACAGGCAGGACCCAGAAUCCAUUCCGUUCCGCCAGCCUGUCGACCCGCAGGCUUUGGGCAUCCCUGACUAUUUUGACAUCGUCAAGCAACCCAUGGAUCUCUCGACGAUCAAAAGGAGGCUGGACACGGGUCAGUAUGCCGAUCCGUGGCAAUAUGUGGAUGAUGUCUGGCUCAUGCUUGACAAUGCCUGGCUCUACAACCGCAGGACCUCACGGGUCUUCAAGUAUUGCACAAAGCUCGCCGAAGUCUUCGAACAAGAAAUUGACCCGGUGAUGAUAAGCUUGGGAUAUUGCUGCGGGCGCAAGCACGUGUUCAGCCCGCAAUCGCUUACCUGCCAUGGUCGGCGGCUGUGUACCAUACCCAAGGGUGCCAAGUACUGGUGCUACCAGAACAGCUCACCCACGAAAGGCUUCAUUUGCGACAGAUACAGCUUCUGCCGGAAGUGCUUCAAAGACAUUCAGGGAAAUUCGGUCACUUUGGGCGAUGAUCCUUCCCGACCAGAAAUUGUGAUUCGCAAGGACCAGUUCGUCGAGAUGACGAACGAUGCCUGGGAUUCGGAGCCUUUCGCGGAAUGCAACGAGUGCGGCAGGAAGCUCCACCAGAUCUGCGUACUCCACUACGACAUGCCGCAAGGGUUCACCUGUGAUAAUUGCCAUAAAGCGAGGGGUACCAAACGGAAGGAGAAUCGGUUCGGCUCCAAGCAGUUGCCGACCACCCGUCUCGGGACUUACAUCGAAAACCGGGUCAACAACUACCUGAAGAAGGAGGAGGCAGGAGCCGGGGAAGUGACCAUCCGGGUUGUUGCUAGCUCUGACAAGAUUGUGGAAGUGAAGCCUGGCAUGAGGCGAAAGUUCACCGAAACUGGGGAAUUGUGCAGCGAAUUCCCAUAUCGAGCCAAGGCCCUAUUUGCAUUCGAGGAAAUCAAUGGAGUGGAUGUAUGCUUCUUCGGCAUGCACGUUCAGGAAUAUGGUUCUAAUAGUCCCAUGCCUAACACAAGACGUGUCUACAUCGCUUGUAUGGACUCCGUUCAUUUCUUUCGGCCGAAGCAGUUCCGAACAGCUGUGUACCAUGAGAUCCUCCUUGGAUAUUUGGAUUAUGUCAAGCAGCUAGGAUUCACAACGGCGCACAUUCGGGCAUGUCCCCCAAGGGAAGGUGAUGAUUACAUCUUCCGCUGUCGCCCGCCAGAGCAGAAGAUUCCAAGACCAAAGCGACUACAGGAAUGGUGCAAGAACAUGUUGGACAAGGGUAUCACGGAUCGCAUUGUUCUUGACUAUAAGGUCAUGGAUGAGGGCUUUCGGAGCGCAUGCGAACUCCCCUACUUCGAAGGGGAUUUCUGGCCCGACUUUCUGGAACAAAGCAUAAGGGAGUUGGACGAAGAGGAGAAAGAAGAGCGGCUGAAGCAAGCGACUGCUGCAGCUGAGUGCAUAGGAGUCAGGGAAGGGGUCGAGGGUAAUGAUAUGAUUGCUGCUGUGAUUCUUGCUAAUAGUUGCACAAAGAAAGGCCAGAAGAAGUGCGACAAGAGCAAGCAGUGCAAGAUCAACCAGCGGAAGUGCACCAAGAACAGCGGGGCCGCGAACCAAAACGGCAACGAUCUCAACUCAAAAAUCCUCGCUGCAAUCGAGAAGCACAAGGAGGAGUUCUUUGUGAUCCGCCUCCACUCGGCGCAGUCAGCAGCCAGCUUGGAGAACUUGGUGGACCCGGAUCCAUUGCUCGACUGUGAGCUCAUGGAUGGCCGGGAUGCAUUCCUAACAUUAGCCAGGGACAAGCGUCUCGAGUUCUCUUCCUUACGUAGGGCUAAAUUCUCAACCACGAUCAUGCUUCAUGAACUUCAUAAGCAAGGCCACUACGUUGGGUACAUAUGUAGUCGUUGCCGGGCAAAUGUGGGGAGUGGCUACCACUGUAUUGAGGGCGAGGCGCAUGACUUGUAUGCUUAUCUUGUCUUGCAGAAAGACAAUUUAUGCGUGGCAUGUUACGAGCAGCAUCCUCAAAAGGUGGAGAAAUUUGGUCCCCUCUCAGAGGAAGGACCUUCAGGAGAACGUACGCCUAGUACUCCCACCGAUCAAAUCCAGCGAUGCAUUCAGUCACUGGUGCAUGCAUGCCAGUGUCGGGAUGCCAGCUGUCGCCUCCAGAGCUGCCUGAAGAUGAAGCGAGCCCUGGCUCACUCCAGAGGGUGCAAGAAGAAGAGUAACAAUGGUUGCCAGAUCUGCAAGAAGCUGAUCACUUUCUUCUGCUACCAUGCCAAGAAUUGUCAGUGGAUGCAGCAACAAGAGCUCCUAGUCCUGAACAGACAGCAAGAACAGGUACAACAGCAGCAGCAACAGGACUUCCCAUGGCACGACCCUCCCCAAGGCCGGCCUAUGUCUCACACCUUCCAGCAAAAACAGCAGUUUCAACCGUUUGGUGGUGGGAUCCAUGCAGCUCAGCUGGUGAAACCGAGUCCCCCACCCCCUGCAAUGAGCCCGCAACAGGUAGUAAUGAUGGGACCUCUAGCGCUCAUGCAGGGGGUGAGGAGUCCUCCUCCUCCUGGUGCAACGUCAAAUCUGCCUCACAUGGUGAGGUCACCUCAGGCGAACUCCUCCCCAAGGACAAAUGGGUCAUCUACACCAUCGCCUCACCACUCUUCCCACGAUUCGGGACUUGAAGCUGAGAUGAUGCUGGCUUCACACGGUGGACCAUCAUCUGCGCCUCUAUCAAACGCUGGGGACAUGAGAGACUCUCUGGUGGGUGUGACGGGGCAUGAAUAUGAAAUGGCCCCCCUCACACCACAGGACCAGUUGCUCAAGUUUUUGGAGACAUUAUAG